CUUGAAAUUGAUGGAUAGAUGAAAUCCUUUCUUUACGAGCAAUAAUAAUAAAAUAAGAAUAAGAAUAUAUUGCCAAAAUGUUGAGUGGUGUUACACUUGAUUUUUGAAACUUUACAAAGAAAGAAUAUUCCAAUGUGUUGUCUGCUUCUAUUGCCGGGUAUUUUUUUUCUAUUUUUAAUUGAAUACUAAGAAUACUUAAGAAUUAUCAACAACAGCAACAAGUCAUUUGCAUACGGAACAUCAUCAUCAUCAUCAUUUAUAUUAUUACAUCAAUUAUGAUGCAUAUAUGCAACUUGUCUGUGUGAGUGAAUAAUAUAAGGCACAAUAAUCAUCAUCAUUCGUAUAUCAUACAGAAUCGUUGUCAGCAAAAUUCUGUUCUGGUUUUUUUUUACAUUCUGAUUUGAUUCUGUUUUUAGUCUUUUUUUUUGUUUCUUUAUCCAACUUGAUUAUGUGUCUGAUUAGUAUUCUGUAGAAUUUUUUUUUUGUAAAUCAUCAUUCGUAUCUUUUUUGUUGACGACUACGACCAGGACGACAAUUUCGGAUGUUGAAGAUAUUUUUCUGUGAAUUGUCGGUUUUUUUUCUGUCGAGGUUCAUUGGUGUGCGUAUGUGUGUCUGAUCAGCAACAGGAUACAGAAAAGAAGAUUCGAUUUGGUUUUUUAAUUUAUGUGUUUUCAAUAAAUCACAUUGUUAAACAAAAUGCCUGUCGGUUCACAAUCACGUCGUGCGUCAAUUUAUCUGGCCACUGGAAAUAUUAAUGUUCAUGAUGAUAAUAAUAAUAAUAAAUCAUUGAUUAUUUCACCAUCAUCAACAUUGAAUAAAACAAUAACACAGCCAUCGACACCAAUAAUAAUGAAUGGUGGUAACAUGAUUGCCACUGGUAGUGGUAUUUCUCCAUUGAUAAAUCCAUUCGAUACAGUAAUGGCCAACAAUAAUAAUAAUGAUGGACGUCGAAAUUCAAUCUAUCAGCCAAAAAUAUCAACAUCAUCAUCAUCAUCAUCAUUUAUAACAUCUGAACCAUCGUCGUCAUCAUCAUCAUCAUCAUUAAUGGAUAAUAAUAAAACAAUGAAUCUUUCAACAACAACUACAACAUCAUUUUUUACAAAUCAUCAUGGUUAUCAAACAAUUGAACAAAUGUUAAAUCGUAAUGAUCAGAAUCAAUUACCAAUUCUUUUAUAUAUACGUAAUUAUAAUGAAUAUCGACGACAUAAACCGGCCGAAGCACGAUUGGCAGCUAGGCGUCGUGAAAGAGCUGAAGCACGUGAAAUACGUUUACGUGAAAUUGAACGACAACAAAAAGAAAUGGAUGAACAAGCUGAUAGACAUUAUGAAUUGAUGAAUAGUGGAGGCAGCGGCGGUGGCGGUACUGUUAAUCAUAUCAAUAAUAAUAAUAAUAAUAGUGAUCAUAUUGGAAGUUUUAGAUCACGAGCAACACCAAUCAUUUCACGUGAGAGUCGUACAUCAUCAUAUACCAGUUCUAGACGAAGUAGUCAAGAAUCAUUGGAUAUGUGUGCCGAUUCUCCAAGAGAACUUCGACAUUAUGCACAAGAAUUGGAAGAAAAAUUUCGUAAAGCAAUGAUUAAUAAUGCUCAAUUGGAUAAUGAAAAACAAUCAUAUGUCUAUCAGAUUGAUUUAUAUAAAGAUGAACGUGAAGAAUUGGAAGAAAAUUAUUUAAGGCUGCAACGUGAUUUUAAAGAAAAAUCUAGAAAUUUUGAACAACUUAAACGUGAUAAUGAACGAUUACAAUUUGAUUUUAAAUGCUAUAAAGAAGCAUUGGAAGAAAGAGAACGAUUAAUAAAGGAAGCUGAUCUCGUUAUAAUCUGCAAUAAUGGUAAUCGAAAUGCCAAAUUAUUUAAUAAAAAUAAAUUGAUGAAUAAUCCGAAUGGCUUUUCAAAUGGCAAUAUAAUAAUGAAUGAAAAUCAUCGAAUAAUCAAUGGUGAUGAUGAUCAUAAUGUCGAUGAUGAUGUUGAUGAUGAUGAUGAAGAUUUUCCCGUUUUAUUGGCCAAUAAUCUUUCAUUAAUUAGUAAAGAUGCUUCACUUUUAUUGGAAGAUGUAUCGGGUAAAACAUUGGAAUCAAAAUUAAAAAAUCUAAUGCUUGAACGUCGUACAUUACAAUCAACGAUUAAUGAAUUAAAAAGUGAUCUUGAUGAUGAACGUAAUCGUGCCAGUUCGAUGAAUGAAGCCAUUGCAAAUAAUUCAUUACAUUUAACAACAGAAAUGCAAACUGAAAUACAAAGAGAAGCAAAUAAAAUGACCAAUGAUCUCCGAUAUAAAUUUAAAAAAUGUGAACAAGAUAAUGCUACACUUAGUUCGACUGUAAAUCGAUUAGAAAAUCAAUUGGCACGUUGUAAAUUGGCUGCAGAUCAAUCUGAAAGGCUUGAAGAAGAAUUAAAAUUGGAUAAAAGAAAAGCACAACGUGAACUACGUGAAGCAUUAACAAAAAUUGAAGAACUUGAAUCAGCAAAUGCUCAUCUACAGAAACGAAUCGAUAAACUUAAAUCUAAUCGUAAUAUAAUUGGAAUAAUUACGAAUGGUUGUUCCACGAAUAAUAAUAAUGGAUCGAAUACACCACCGGGAUCAUCACACCAUCAACAUCAACAAUCACCACCACCAUCAUCAUGUGCAUCGGAUAUAUCAUCUACAUUAUGUUCUACAUCAUCAACGAAUGACUGAAAUUUCAUUAUUUCAUUUCCAAAAAUGUGAUAGUCAAAAUAUUUACCAAUCAUUAGACUUGAAAUCAAGUCUUUGUUGCGCGUCCGUAAACAUUCGAAUCUCGAAUAACAAAAACGUUUCCUUAACACAACAACAACAACAACAACAACGAAAUCGAAACCGAAACCUGUGCCAAUUCAUAAUCACAUCCACCCAACCACUCAUCAAAACAAUCAAAGUGAAAAAAAUGACAAAUUUUAUCAAUUCAAUGAAAUUAUCAACUAUUUGAUGUGAUCGCCUGGAUAUUCAAUCAUCAUUUACCUUUAUUAGAGUGUAAAACUUUUUUUUUUUUUUUUUUUUUAUAUUUAUUUAUUAUUAAUUAAUAACUAUUAACUAUACAAUC